AUGUCUGUAUCUGUUGCUUCACAACCAGAGCAGCCUGCGGCCCAGAAGCCGCAAAGGCUUCACACACCCCAGUGGGUCUCCCUUGUGUCCGGAGGAAUUGCCGGUGGAGUGGAAGCAGCCAUCACGUAUCCAUUUGAGUAUUCCAAAACUCGUGUUCAAUUGUUGAACGAUGGUGCCAUCCGCACAUCGAAUCCAUUAAGUCUCAUCGUUCAAGUCGCCAGGCAAGAAGGUGUCGGCGCUCUUUAUACAGGAUGCUCGACUCUUGUUGUCGGUACAACAGCAAAAGCGGCUGUCCGGUUUGUGUCGUAUGACACUAUCCGCAAUGCUCUUGCGGAUGAUCGCGGUGUUCUCUCAGCUGGUCGGGGUAUGCUAGCGGGUAUGACCGCUGGUGCUGUAGAGAGUGUACUGGCAGUUACUCCCACCGAGCGAAUCAAGACCGCAUUAAUCGAUGAUGCCAAAGGCGCUCGCCAGUUCAAGUCCAGUAUACACGCGACUAGAGUUUUAGUGCAAAGGCACGGUAUCACCGAGCUUUAUCGGGGUCUUGUAUCCACGAUGAUGAAACAAUCCGCUACUUCUGCGGUGCGCAUGGGAACUUACAACAUGCUCAGAGAAGGUGCCAAAGCUAGAGGCAUCAAGACAGAUGUGUUCACGACAUUCGGUAUCGGCGCAGUAGCCGGUGUGGUUACUGUCUACGCCACACAGCCAUUUGACACCAUCAAGACCCGUGCGCAGGGUGUCCAAGGAGCUGGUAUUCUCGAGGCCUCCCGGAGUGUGAUCCGCGACUAUGGCAUUCGGGGAUUCUGGAAAGGUAGCUCCAUGCGACUUGGUCGACUCCUGUUGAGCGGUGGUAUUGUGUUUUCUGUUUACGAAGAGAUAGCCGCCAUUUUAUCCCCGGGGACGCGGCGAUAA